AUGGGCGAUAACCGCUCUAAUCGAGUCGACAGCACGCUGAACGCCCUGCUCGACAGUUUCAUCGCUCCUCGAGCAGCUGGAGAAGAUGAAGAAGCAUUCGAAGAACGAGCGGAAUAUGCGUUGGAGCGCGGAAAGAACACCGUGAACCAGGGCAGCUCGAUCACGGCCGGCGAGAUCAACCAGGCCCACGACCUGAUCCGACGCAAAUUACUGCGCGACAAUGCGUCGCCGGAAAAAGCUGCACGCUUCGGGAAUCUCUACUCUCGGCUACUUUCGACGCCGGUCCUGAACCAAAAAUGGUCGAUACUGUACCUUCUGUACAGGCUUGCAGAGGAAGAGCCAGGGGAGCAUCGACGAGGACCCCUUGCAGAGUCAGCACAGCUCGCCAACCUAUUCCACAGAGAAUCCACCGAGAAGUUAAAGGCGCUCAAAGACUUGGAUGAUUCUGGGCCUGAACACACUUCGCUACUGAAUGGCUCUGACGUUAUGAGCAACGGCGGCUUUUCAGGCCAGGAGUAUCCCUCUCACGCUCGCUCAAGAACCCAGAAGCCUCCUGUCCCCAAAAUCAACCAUGCAGAACCCGGCGUUGAUCAGGAAGUGGAAGCUAAAGAUUACACAAUCGAUCCUCCCGAAGAUGCUCUCCUACGAGAUCUACCCUUUAAUCUGCAAGGCCUCUCCUCAGCCCAUCUGAACUUUACAAGUUCCACUACAGUCAAACUUCCCCCAACCUUACCGAUUCCUAUCAUUUCGCUGCUUCACAGCCUUGCGGAACCAUGCCUGCUAUACCGUGGCCUUUUCGAAUUCACACAAGCAUCAGAUGGCGGGCUGGUCAGUCAAAGUCUUCGAGCAGCAAUAGGGAUCGAGCUACGCUCUUAUCUUAGCCUCGUCGCAACACUAGAAGGAGAGAUUAGAAGGUGGUUGACUGCUGUGGAGAAAGAUGAUACACCAAUGGGGGUCCGAAAGGCCGGGGUGACCCUGAAACGUUGCGUGAUCUGGACAAGAGAUGCCACGAUGGGAUUACGUCUGAUGACUCUGGUGGUGGAAGAGUCCAAGCAGAAAAUAGGGGGCCAAUUGAUCUCUCUCAUUCAUGGUUUCUCUUCGUCCCAUGGCGACCCUUUCGUGGGCGCAUUUGCCGAAAGAUUACUCACCCGAGUCACCCGGCCUUUCUAUGAUAUGCUUCGACGGUGGAUCUAUGACGGAGAAUUGGUAGACCCAUACCAUGAAUUCUUCGUAUCUGAGCCUGACCCAUCCACUCGCCCCGACGUUGAUCCAAGGCGAGUCGAGACAUCUGUGUGGGAAGACAAAUAUAGCCUCGAUCCAUCGAUGAUGCCUUCCAUCAUCUCCGCCGACUUUGCAAAGAAGAUCUUCCUCAUCGGCAAAUCUCUCAACUUCCUCCGUCACAACUGCGGUGAUUCAGAUUGGGUAAUUGAGCACUCCAAGUCAGCAACCAAAGAACUCCGGUACGGAGACACCGCCACACUUGAAGCUUCUAUCGAUAAAGCCUACAAAACCACAAUGACGCGACUCACUCACCUCAUGUCCCACAAAUAUCACCUCUUUACUCAUUUUAACGCCAUCAAGAAGUAUCUACUUCUCUCACAAGGCGACUUCAUCGCUCUGCUCAUGGAAUCGCUUGCGCCACACCUCGAUCGUCCCGCAUACUCACAAUACCGCCACACCCUGACAUCACAACUUGAACACGCCAUACGGCAUUCUAACGCACAAUACGACGACCCGGAGGUGUUGCGUCGACUUGAUGCUCGAAUGGUAGAGCUUGGCUCUGGAGAAAUCGGUUGGGACUCCUUCACGCUAGAGUACAAAAUCUCACCACCAUGUGAUGUCGUCAUCACCCAGUGGGCAAGCAUGCAGUAUCUCAAAGUAUUCAAUCUACUCUGGCGGAUCAAGCGGGUCGAGUUCUCGCUAUCGACGACCUGGCGGCGCUGCAUGACCGGAUCGAGAGGCAUUCUCUCCUCCGUCGAGGAUAGAGUCGGUGGGGAUUGGAAACGAGCUCGAUGCGUGAUUGCUGAGAUGGUCCAUUUCGUUAAUCAGCUGCAAUACUAUAUCCUCUUUGAAGUGAUUGAAGCUAGUUGGGAUCAGUUGCAGACAGCGAUGAACAAACAGGAUUCCACACUCGACGACCUGAUCGAAGCCCACAAGAAAUACAUCAACUCCAUCACGCACAAAGGUCUGCUCGGCAACCCCCGACAUGCCAGUACGGGCCAACGGGAGGAUUCAUUCCUAUCGCAGCUACACUACGUCCUGAAGAAUAUGUUGGCGUACAAGGAUGUCGUGGACGGGCUGUACUCGUACUCCAUAGCGGAGUUCACUCGACGACAGGAAUUCAGUGCCAAGAUCGAGCACCGGACUGCACAGGGGAAAUGGGGCAUCACGGAGCGAGACCUGCUUCCAUCGGAAUCCUCACGUGCCUCGACACCUAUCUCUGUGGGCAACCAGCCGUAUCGGCAAUCCGCGCUCCUGUCUGACAGUGACUCGCCACUCCCGCUCGGCUCCAUUGGCGCAGGAGCUGACAAGAACCUCCUCGUUUCGCUUCGUGCGCGUCUCCUUCAGCUCUCCGCAGAGUUCAAGAGCAGAGUCAACAUGCUGCUCUAUGAUCUUGCGCAUCAGCCGGAUGUGGAUAUGCGGUUUCUGGGUGUGGUGAUGAAUUUCAAUGAAGUCUAUAAGCCGGUCAAUGUGAGGAGGCAGAAGGUGAAAGAGCGGGAAAGGGAGAGGAGGGAGAUGGAGAGAAGAAGUAGGGAGGUUAGUGCCGUUGCUGGUGAGGAAGGGGAGGGGAGUGGGAGCCGAAGCGCUGCAAGAGCUUGA